AUGAAUGUUUCUGGUCUUGAUGAUGUAAAAAUGGAAGUACAAAAAUUAAGGGAAAGAUAUGGCAUGUAUACGGUAUUUCAUAUUCCAAAUUUAGAUCCUGUUACCUACAAGGUAGUUAAAAAAGAUGGUAAAGAUAUGAAAAGUGAACUUAAAACAAAUUAUGAUGAACGGACCCUAAGAAAGAUUUUUUUAAAAUGUGUAGAAGAUGUAAGAGAAGAUUUUCCAUGUUAUAUUGUUUAUGACUUUGUUUUUUAUGAUAAAGAUUUAUGGAGAAACACUUUUUGUUUUAUUUCUUACAUUCCUGACACAUUAAAUAUUAAGAAAAAAGUAGUAUAUAGUACGAACGCAUUAAGAUUAAUAGAAGCACUAGACAUUCCAUUACAUAUAUCAUUUACAAAAAUGGAUGAACUUACAUAUGAUGAAGUUAAAGAGAGAUGCUCAAAAUUUAGAAGUAAAUAA